GGACAGCAGCACCGUACGACCCCGCGCACAGCUCACCUGGCCCCGCAGAGGUAUUUCUAUUUCCCCCGUUUUCCUGGGCGAAGAAGUGCUGACCGACGGAGAGCCCUGACGUCACCAUGCCAGGUAGAGAGUGAAGGAGGCUUUGGGUCGUGAAGAGGAGGGAGUAUUACUGGGGGUGUUGGGGUGGCCUCUCCAUCGCGGUGAACACCUUUCGGGCUCGGACGCACGCACGAUGAUGGACGCCUGGCUGCUGCUGCUGGCUCUCCUCGCCAUUGCGGGAGGAGGCCACGGGGCAGACACAGAGGAGCGGUUGGUGGAGCAUCUCCUAAACCCGGCCCACUACAACAAACUGAUCCGUCCUGCCACUAAUGGCUCCGAGCUGGUUACCGUGCAGCUGAUGGUGUCGCUGGCACAGCUCAUCAGCGUGCAUGAACGAGAGCAGGUGAUGACCACCAAUGUCUGGCUCACACAGGAGUGGCAGGACUAUCGUCUGACUUGGAUCCCUGAGGAGUUUGAUGGGAUGAUGAAGGUCAGGCUGCCCUCAAAACACAUUUGGCUGCCUGAUGUUGUGCUCUACAACAAUGCUGAUGGGGUGUACGAGGUGUCUUUCUACUCUAACGCGGUGGUGUCCCACGAUGGCAGUAUCUUCUGGUUGCCCCCAGCCAUCUACAAAUCAGCUUGUAAGAUCGAGGUCAAGCACUUCCCCUUUGACCAGCAGAACUGCACGCUGCGCUUCCGCUCCUGGACAUACGACCGCACCGAGAUCGAUCUGGUGCUGCGUGCUGACGUGGCCAGCAUGGACGACUUCACGCCCAGCGGUGAGUGGGACAUCAUCGCGCUGCCAGGUAGACGAAACGAGAACCCGGCUGACCCAACCUACGUGGACAUCACGUACGACUUCAUCAUUCGCAGGAAGCCUCUUUUUUACACCAUCAACCUCAUCAUCCCGUGCGUGCUCAUCACCUCUCUGGCCAUCCUGGUGUUCUACCUGCCCUCCGACUGUGGAGAGAAGAUGACGCUCUGCAUCUCCGUGCUGCUAGCUCUCACUGUGUUCCUGCUACUGAUCUCCAAGAUCGUCCCCCCCACUUCACUAGACGUCCCUCUUGUGGGGAAGUACCUGAUGUUCACUAUGGUCCUCGUCACUUUCUCUAUCGUCACCAGUGUGUGUGUGCUCAAUGUGCACCACCGCUCCCCCACCACACACACCAUGCCCCCGUGGGUUAAGCUGGUGUUCCUCAACAAGCUUCCUGCUUUGCUCUUCAUGCGCCAGCCAAGGAACAGCUGUGAGCGCCAGCGGCUGCGCCAGAGAAGGAGGACCCAGGAGCAGAAGGAAGGUGGGCGUAGCGGGGAAGCAGGGGCCCUGAUGGUGGGGCUCGGGCUGGGCAACGCUGGGGGGAGCGGAGGGGGGACCUCCACAGGGGUGUUCAGCAAGGAGGACAAUGAGCCUUGUACCUGCUAUGUGAACCGAGCGUCCGUUAAACAGUUUGGAGGGGAUCUGGGAGGAGCAGGAGGGUCCAUGGAUGGUCUUAACAGGGUGAGAGAGGGCAGGGACGGGGGCGCUGGAAACGUGCCGCGGGGGAAGCAGGCGGCUGGAGGACCUGCUCUGACUCAGGCCCUGCUGGCUCAAGCCUGUCCGGGCUUCGAGGAGGCCGUGGAGGGGGUUCGCUUCAUCGCCAACCACAUGAAGAGUGAGGAUGAUGAUCAGAGUGUGAGCGAGGACUGGAAGUACGUCGCCAUGGUGAUUGACCGCCUCUUCCUGUGGAUCUUCGUGUUUGUGUGUGUGUUCGGCACGCUGGGCAUGUUCAUGCAGCCACUCUUCCAGAAUUACACAGUCAAGACCAUCACCAGCUCGCCAGGCUGACCGUCGGUAGGCCGAGAACAUGCCGACCUGACAGCUCCCCCCCCCGACCAAUCAGCACAGCAGGACAAAGGCCAGAGGUGGUUUGGGGGGGGGGGGGGGGGGUGCGGGUCUGGGUUUUAUUGUGUCUCUUGAACUGAAAAACUAGAACUGGAACUGAACAGCAAUCACGCCCAUUACCUUUAUAGAAACGUUUUUGCAGCGAACAAGUGUUUUUCUUGGAUGAAGAAAAAGGAAGACACAAUCAUACUCUUACCUGCAGGUUUUUGGCCGGAUGUUUAAUGGACCGACUUCCCUUUUCUGCUGGAAAGGCCCCUCCCUGCUCUCCUCUUCAGUCAGUCAUGGAGAGAGGAUUUACUCCUCGUUUAACCUUACGCCAGCUUAUUAACACUUUCCUCUCAACGCUUUCUGCUUAUUGACACACGACAUGCCCUCCUUCAGCUUUGACAUUACACAUUCUCAAUAUCGACUGACGUCAGGGGGAGCUAAUCAGAAAGGGAAGGAUGGUUCAUAUCAAGGUUCUUGGUUUAUUUUCUUUUUUUACUUCACUACAGAACUGAUUCAGUAUAUUUUAACAUAGCAUAGCAGAUUACCACAGUAUAGCAUUAUGAAUAUAUUAUUAAGAUUUAACUAUGUGUUAGCUCAUGCAAGGGUGAAAUGCUGAUACAGAGGAUAAGGUGUGUUGUAUGAUUGUAUAGAUUAAACAAGAAUGUGAUACAAACUGUACUACACAGCCUGUGGUGCGCACACUAACACAACAUGUGUUCAAGCAACAGUUUUAGGAUAAUACAGAGAGGGGACUUUAAUUUAAGAAAAUGCCAGGUUGCAUUAUUCAGUGACAGGAUAAAGAAAUAGAUGCAUGGACAGAGUUAUGCACAUUAAGUAGAAGACAGCAGGAGCAACAGCUGCUGUGAGAUGAGUUCAGCUCCAGAGAAACUGGGGAAUCUGAGCCAAGAUGGUGGACAGGACCACCUCUAUGAUGGACAGUGGAGCAUGAUUUCCCAGAGAUGGAGCUUCCUGAGCUCAGUAGAGAUGGAGCAAAUAUCAGUGUUUGAAGAAGUAACGUGUAAAUCAAAUUAUAUUGAUUGAAUGAAGGGAAUUCUAUCAUGGAAGUGAAGCUAUUAUGUGUAUUAGUAUGUAAUUUCCUAUUUCAGUAUGUAAUGUUCUGAGCAUGUGUGUGUGUGUGUGUGUGUGUGUGUGUGUGUGUGUGUGUGUGUGUGUGUGUGUGUGUGUGUGUGUGUGUGUGUGUGUGUGUAUGCGUGCCCCACAUCCCGAUGCAUCACAUCUGCCAGAUUUAAUGUUCAGAAGACAAACUGUAUGUGUGUCCUCCCCUCCUUUCUAUUUAUAUCUGGCAACCUCUCUCCAGUUUACUCUCCUUUAUCUGGUCUUCCAUGGACAAACACAUUACUGACAUUUAGUCCAAUUAGAAUAACGGUUACCUACUAUCUCUAUUCACUACAGUAGUUUUCCUUUUCAUCACGGGCUGGCUGAUUCUUCUUAUUCCCACAAUCUUCCCAUGUUCCCUGACAACCAAGCGAGAAGCAGAAGGCCUUUUCAGGCAUGCAGGGAGUGGGGGGGGUUGAAUUAAAUUUUCAAUAAACAAGAGAGAAAUGACAAGAGGGCCAAAGCUGAGGAAGUCGCACUAGGCAAUAAGUCGCAGAUGCAAGAGGAAAAUAUAAAAGAUAUGUUAUAUUGCAAAUGUUUUUGACUAUAUAACGAGGUUGCAAACUGAAUAAAAACAGGAUAAUAUGACCAAGCAAGCACAAUGCAGAUAGCGAGGAGGAAUAAAGAGGGAAAGGCAGAGACAAAAGACUGGUAGUGGUGUUACACCAUUGAAAAGCCACUAUAAACUCUGCAGAAAUGCUGUCUAAUCCUCAGUCACUGUCUGACUGCAAGAAUCCUCAGCUCUCAAUGGUUGCGUGUCCAAGUCUGCAUCUCAGCUCUGUUCGGGCCUGGGAGCUCUCCCUUUCUGUCUCUAGACGAUGGGAUUACCCUGGGUAUUUCACAAGUGUGAAAAGCCUAUCAGAGACCUGUGAAAACUGUAGCCUGCAUGGCUCCACACUGACAAGGUGUUGCUGUCCACUCUCUCUCUUUGACCUUUCCACUCUCCUUCUUUUCUUCUCACUUCCUCUCUCAUCAUGCUCCCCCAUAUUUCACCCUUCUCCUUCCUGACUCAAAUCUGCUCCUGUGCACACCUUAACCAGUCCAA